AGCGGGUCCAACGCAUUCCGACUUCGGUUUCGCUUUCGAAGUCGGCUUAAACUUGGCACCUGUUGCGGUCAGAGCAACACUCGCCUACACUGUCGCACAAAGUUCCGAUCGAUGUGAAUUGGGUAGAAUCGAAAAUGGUCUGUGGCCGAAAGUGCUGUUUGUUCUGCCUGUUCAUGAGCUCGUGGGGCUUCCUGAUGCUGAACCUCCUGGGUAUCUUCUACUACAUCCAAUCGCUGAAUCUGCUGGAGACCCUGCCCCUGCCCCACAGCUUCAGAAGUCCGGAGGAGUUCAAGGAGAAGGCGGACGCGGCCUACCAAGAGGUGUCCAUCCGAUGCUUCGUGGCCGCCGUCGUCUAUCUGGGAUUCGUGUUCAUGUCGAUAGUGUUCAUCCGCCGUGACAUCAAGAGGAGGAAGCGGCUCUACAAAGGGGGUGCUCCGCGAAUCCGACAUUGAUCUGUGUGCGUUCUCCAUGUGAUCGGUUGCUGAAUAAACUAUAUAUUUUCACGGCUCCAA